AUGUCGACCUUUGCUCUCGAUACUUUGUCUACGAAUAGAAUUUCUUCAACAAUUGAAACAUAUAUUUGUCAACAAGAUGUCAUUACACCCACAGUAACGAAUACGUACACGGCACGAACAACUGUUGCUCUGGAGGAAAACAAACUUAGUAGUGAAAUCGACCCAGUGUUGGUCACAACUAGAGAUGAUUCUGACGAGCAUUCAAAUUGUUCAGAACACAGUGUCGAAAUUCCUGAGCCAUCAUGUUCUCUGCGUCUAAAUCGUAGUACAGAAAUACCAGAGCCACCUUCUUUGUAUCCAAACAAACAAGAUUUAAUAAUGCAUGACGAUCGUGAAGAAAACACCGAUUUCUCGGAUGCUUCAUCAUCCAGUAGCAGCAGCGAUACGAUGUCGGAUAAUGAGGACGAAGACGAAUUAGAGAAGAUUUCACUGGAAUGGAUUCAAGAGCAAGUGCGAGCGGGAGCAGAUCCAAAAACAUUGUUGAUGAAACUAAUGCCUGGUCUUCCAGAAGAUAUAUCACAAGAUGUUAUUUCUGAACUUUUAUGUGAACUAUUAAUUCCCGUACAGCAACGUCAACGGUUAGAACAAUAUCAAACAUUGGAUGAUGCUGUUAAUUUACUUCGAUCAUGUGAAAAUAUAAUUGUAUUGACUGGAGCUGGCAUUAGCGUAUCAUGUGGUAUACCAGAUUUCCGUUCGAGAAGUGGUAUUUAUGCACGCUUAAAACAACAAUUUCCAGAGUUACCUGAUCCACAGGCCAUGUUUGAUAUGGAAUAUUUCACGCAUGACCCACGACCAUUUUUUCAAUUUGCAAAAGAAAUUUAUCCGGGUGAAAGAGAAGCAUCGUUAGUUCAUUGGUUUAUUAAACAGUUAGAAACAGAUAAUCGUUUGAAGUGUCGUAAACAAGUGAAUAAAUCACAUAUAAAAGACAAGAUAUUGGAUAAACAAAUUCCAUAUUGUGAGCAAUGCAAUGUAGAAGAGGCCAUUUACAAACCGGACAUCAUAUUUUUUGGAGAACCGUUAGGAAAAGAAUUUCAUACGAAAAUUUGUGAUGAUAGAGAAAAGUGUGAUCUACUGAUUGUUAUUGGCUCAAGCUUAAAAGUUAAACCAGUUUCACUUGUCACUGAAAUGUUACCUUCACAUGUACCACAAAUAUUAAUUAAUCGCGAAACUUUAUCGCACAAAAAUUUCGAUAUUGAGCUUCUUGGUAAUUGUGAUACGAUAAUAAACGAAUUAUGUCUAAGAUUAAGUCAGUAUGAUAAAUCUUAUAGUCAAAUAAAAAAACUACAGAAAACAAAUUUAUUGAAUGAAGUUUUAUAUCAGGCCUAUGUUAAACCAUUGAAAACAAAUAAGCGAAAAAAACAAAAAGUAUCGUCCGCAUACUCGUCCAUUGAAAUACCAGUGGUUAUUCAUCAAAAGAAUGAUUUGACAUCUUCCUUACCACCUUUAUCGGUGACAACUGAACAAACAAAUGUACAUUCGUCGAAUGCAGAACUAACAACCGAAACGGACAUUGUUGAUUCUUCAAGAAUGUUGAAUGAAAAUGACACACAAACACGAUUAAAAUCUUUACGUCAACGUCCAACAAAACGCACUGUUCUAGUCACAACUGAAUCCUGUACGUCAAAUACAAAUAAUCCACGAAAACGAACGAAUUUAGCAGUCAAACGUUAUUGGUCGGCACCACAUAAUUCAUACGUUUUUUGUGCACCUAAUCGAUAUGUAUUUGAUGGUGCUGAUAUUCUAUUGUCAGAUGACGAACAAGAAGAAGAGAAUCAAGAUGACAAUCAGAGUCUGUAA